UUUCGGCGUGAGUGUGCGUGAGCGGGUGUCGAGCGGGAGGCAGCUGCACCUUUAAGGCGCGGGAAGCGCCGAGUCCGCAGCAGUGCGCAGGAGAGGGCCACUCCGAGCCGCUCACAGGCAGAGAGGGUUAGCGCAGGGAUCAAUGUGAUUAAAGCACCAGUGGGAAGAUGUGUUUGCUCGCUGCCUGCUGGAAGGAGAGAGGCGGUGAAGAGGGUCUGAGUUUGGAGUCUCAUAAUUAUUACCGCUUCAGAUCAACUGGGCUGGGCUGUUUCGGCUGCUGAAUUCACCUCGUUUUAUGAGUUACAGCCAUCGUCUCUUCUCUUUUACUGAUGAAUUACUUCUUGCGCAUUUUUUCCUGAAAGUAUACAUAAAUAUUUUUGCUUUAUGAUUUUGUUAAUUUGCUUUUUCUUUUUAUUUAUUUUCGUGUGUGUGUGUGUGGAGACUGCCGCCACCUGUGCGUGUUCCUCCUGGACCGGGAACUUCCUCUUUUUAAACCUUCUUUCUGACUCAGCACCACACCUGGGCUUUCGAUUCUAGCAAGAGCAAGAAAGCUCUCCCCACCACUUCUCCACACACACACACACCCUCCUCCGCCCCGGCAGACAAUCUCCCGAGCAUCUCUCUCUGAAACGCACAGGCAGGGCUGAGGAGCACGGGGCAGCGACAUCAAGCGCGGCGCGGAGUUGGAUCACAGCUCUAUCGAAGACAAUCAGAGACGCGCAGAGAGAGAGAGCGAGAGAGGAGGGGCCGCCGCGCGAACGAGCGCCGCCAGUGCGAAGCCGGACUGAUUUCCUCUAGCUUGAAGCUCCGUCACCUUGCAACUGACAAACUGAAGGGAAAUAACAAUAUUCAGGGGAAAGUGUGCAGAGUGAGAAGAACCAAGCGUAGUGGCGGGAUUGAAAGGAGCAGGGCAUGUGGAUAUUGGCUAUUAUUAUUUUCCAGAGCAUCUUGAAUGUUUUCAGUGAAGACCUACUUUCCAGCUUGUACUUCGUCAAUGCAUCUCUGCAAGAGGUAGUGUUUGCGAGCACCACAGGGACCCUGGUGCCCUGUCCCGCAGCAGGCGUGCCCCCGGCAACGCUCCGCUGGUACCUAGCAACGGGCGAGGAGAUCUACGAUGUUCCAGGGAUCCGCCACGUCCACCCAAACGGCACUCUCCAAAUCUUCCCCUUCCCUCCUUCAAGCUUUAGUAACCUAAUCCAUGAUAACACUUACUAUUGCACAGCAGAAAAUCCUUCAGGGAAAAUUAGAAGCCAAGAUGUUCAUAUUAAGGCCGUUCUACGGGAGCCCUAUGGUGUCCGAGUCGAGGACCAGAAAGCCAUGAGAGGCAAUGUAGCGGUCUUCAAGUGCAUUAUCCGGGCCUUAGUGGAGGCCUACAUCACUGUUGUGUCAUGGGAGAAAGACACAGUCUCAAUUGUCUCAGGAUCUAGAUUUCUCAUCACAUCCACGGGAGCCUUGUACAUUCUGGAUGUCCAGAAUGAAGAUGGAUUGUGUAACUACCGUUGCAUCACACGGCAUCGCUACACUGGGGAGACCAGGCAGAGCAACAGCGCUCGCCUCUUCGUGUCAGACCCAACGAACUCCGAACCGGUGAUCCUCGAUGGCUUCGACCGGCGGGAGGUGAUGGCCACGCAGCGGGUGGAGCUCCCGUGCAAAGCCUCCGGACACCCAGCGCCCAAGUACCGCUGGCUGAAGGACAACAACCCCCUGGAGCCGGACAGCCGCUUCCGGCAGAGCGUCUCGGGCCUGCUGAUCGAGAGCGCGCGGCCCGGCGACUCCGGGAACUACGUGUGCGAGGUGUGGAACAGCUACGGCAAUGCGGCCGUCGUGGGACGGCUGGUGGUGAAGCAGCCCCUGAAGGUGGUCGUCAGUCCCCGCAAGGUGAAGGGCAGUGUGGGGAGCCAGGUGUCCCUGUCGUGCAGCGUGAGCGGCGCCGAGGACCAUGAGCUCUCCUGGUACCGCAAUGGGGAGGUCAUCCACCCAGGCAACAGCGUGAGGAUCGCGGGCAGCAACCGCGAGACCCUGGUGAUGGAGGGCAUGGCCAAGAGCGACGGGGGCGCCUACCAGUGCUUUGCCAGGAAGGACAAAAUGUCGGCCCAGGACUUCGUGCAGGUCGUUCUGGAAGAUGGAACCCCGAAGAUCCUGUCGGCGUUCAGCGAGAAGGUGGUGAGCCCCAACGAGCUGGUGUCCCUCGUGUGCAACGUCAAGGGCACACCCCUGCCCACCGUCACCUGGACGCUGGACGACGAGCCCAUCGUGAAGGACAGCAGCCACCGGGUCAGCCAGGUCAUCACCUCCGAGGGCAACGUGCUCAGCUACCUGAACAUCACCAGCACCCACGUGCGGGACGGCGGAGUCUACCGCUGCACUGCCAACAACUCGGCCGGCGUGGUCACCUACCAGGCUCGAAUAAACGUAAGAGGGCCUGCCAGCAUCCGGCCAAUGAAAAACAUCACAGCCAUUGCUGGGCGGGACACGUACAUCCACUGCCGUGUGAUUGGCUACCCCUACUACUCCAUCAAGUGGUACAAGAACUCCAACCUGUUGCCCUUCAAUCACCGCCAGGGUGCCUUCGAGAAUAACGGCACCCUGAAGCUGUCGGACGUCCAGAAGGAGGUGGAUGAGGGAGAGUACACCUGCAACGUGCUGGUCCAGCCCCAGCUAUCCACAAGCCAGAGCGUGCACGUCACCGUCAAAGUCCCCCCCUUCAUCCAGCCCUUCGAGUUCCCACGCUUCUCCAUCGGCCAGCGCGUCUUCAUCCCCUGCGUGGUGGUCUCCGGCGACCUGCCCAUCACCAUCACCUGGCAGAAGGACGGCCGGCCCAUCCCCGCCAGCCUGGGCGUCACCAUCGACAACAUCGACUUCACCAGCUCCCUGCGCAUCUCCAACCUCUCGCUGAUGCACAACGGCAACUACACCUGCAUCGCCAGCAACGACGCUGCGGCCGUGGAGCACCAGAGCCAGCUGAUCGUGAGAGUGCCCCCGAGGUUUGUAGUCCAGCCAGGCGAUCAGGAUGGAAUCUAUGGCAAGGCUGUGAUCCUGAACUGCUCCGCGGAAGGCUACCCUGUGCCCACCAUCGUGUGGAAAUAUUCCAAAGGAGCCGGCGUGCCGCAGUUCCAGCCCAUCGCCCUGAACGGCCGGAUCCAGCUGCUGGGGAACGGCUCCCUGCUGAUCAAGCACGUGCUGGAGGAGGACAGCGGCUAUUACCUGUGCAAGGUCAGCAACGACGUGGGAGCAGACGUCAGCAAGUCCAUGUACCUCACCGUCAAAAUUCCAGCCAUGAUCACCUCCUACCCCAACACCUCCCUGGCCACGCAGGGCCAGAAGAAGGAGAUGAGCUGCAGUGCUCAUGGGGAGAAGCCCAUCAUCGUCCGCUGGGAGAAGGAGGACAGAAUCAUCAACCCUGAGAUGAGCCGCUACGUCGUUUCCACCAAGGAGGUGGGCGAAGAGGUCAUCUCCAAGUUGCAGAUUUUGCCAACAGUCAGGGAAGAUUCAGGGUUUUUCUCCUGUCACGCAAUCAACUCCUAUGGAGAAGACAGAGGCAUCAUCCAGCUGACAGUGCAGGAGCCCCCUGACCCUCCCGAGGUUGAGAUCCGGGACGUCCGGGACCGCAGCAUCGCCCUGCGCUGGACAAUGGGCUUCGACGGGAACAGCCCCAUCACCGGCUACGACAUCGAGUGCAAGAACAAAUCAGACUCCUGGGAUUCAGUGCAGAGAACCAAAGAUGUGUCCCCCCAGCUGAACCAGGCGACCAUCAUCGAGCUGCACCCCUCCUCCACCUAUAGCAUCCGCAUGUACGCCAAGAACCGUAUCGGCAAGAGCGAGGCCAGCAACGAGCUCACCAUCACCACAGAGGAAGCAGCCCCAGAUGGGCCACCCCAGGAUGUGCAAUUGGACCCCAUCUCUUCUCAGAGCAUUAAGGUCACCUGGAAGGCGCCCAAGAAGCACCUGCAGAACGGCAUGAUCCGUGGAUACCAGAUCGGCUACAGGGAGUACAGCACCGGGGGCAACUACCAGUUCAAGAUCAAGAACAUCGAGACCACGGGGGACAGCGAGGUGCACACGCUGGACAACCUGAAGAAGUUCACGCAGUACGGCGUGGUGGUGCAGGCCUGUAACCGCGCCGGCACCGGGCCGUCCUCUCAGGAGCUCAUCGUCACCACGCUGGAGGACGUGCCCAGCCGCCCACCAGAGAACAUGCAGGGCACGGCCACAUCCCCCGAGACCAUCUCUCUGUCCUGGUCAACACCCCCCAAGGAAGCGCUCAACGGCAUCCUCCAGGGCUUCCGGGUCAUCUACUGGGCCAACCUGCCGGACGGCGAGCUGGGGGAGAUCAGGAAUGUCACCACCACACAGCCCUCCCUGGAGCUGGACGGCCUGGAGAAAUACACCAACUACAGCAUCCAGGUGCUGGCCUUCACCCGCGCCGGGGACGGCGUGCGCAGCGAGCAGAUCUUCAUCCGGACCAAAGAGGACGUGCCCGGGCCGCCAGGGGGAGUGAAAGCCGCCGCCGCCUCCAACUCCGUGGUCUUCGUCUCCUGGCUGCCGCCGCUCAAGCUCAACGGCAUCAUCCGGAAGUACACGCUCGUCUGCUCCAACCCCUACCCCACGGUGAUCAGCGAAUUUGAAGCCUCUCCUGAUGUGUUUUUCUACCGCAUCCCGAACCUCACCCGCAACCGGCAGUACAGCAUCUGGGUCGUCGCGGUGACGGCAGCCGGCCGCGGCAAUGCCAGCGACAUCGUCACUGUUGAGCCUCUCGCUAAAGCUCCGGCCCGGAUCCUGACGUUCAGUGGCACGGUGACAACCCCCUGGAUGCGAGAUAUUGUCUUACCCUGCAAGGCGGUGGGAGACCCGCCCCCCACUGUGAAAUGGCUGAAAGAGAGCAAUGGGACUCCUGCUCCUGUGCUGAUUGAUGGGCGGCGCAGUAUCUACGGCAACGGCAGCUUUGUCAUCCGGACAGUGAAAGCAGAGGAUUCUGGGUACUACAGCUGUGUUGCCAGUAACAACUGGGGUUCAGACCAGAUUGUGCUUAACCUGCAGGUUCAAGUUCCACCGGACCAACCGCGUCUCACCGUCUCCAAGACGACCUCCUCUUCCAUCACUCUCUCCUGGAUUCCUGGCGACAAUGGGGGGAGCUCCAUCCGAGGCUAUAUCUUGCAGCACUCCGAGGACAACAGUGAGCAGUGGGACAGCCUUCCCAUCAGCCCCAGUGAGCGCUCGUACCGGCUGGAGAACCUGAAAUGUGGGACGUGGUACAAGUUCACGCUGACGGCCCAGAAUGGAGUGGGCCCAGGCCGCAUCAGUGAGAUCAUCGAGGCCAAGACCCACGGCAAAGAACCCCAGUUCUCGAAGGAGCAGGAGCUCUUCGCCAGCAUCAACUCCACCUGCGUGCGGCUGAACCUGAUCGGGUGGAAUGAUGGCGGCUGCCCCAUCAGCUCCUUCAUCCUGGAGUACCGCCCUGUGGACACCACGGUGUGGACCACGGCCCAGAAGACCACGCCUCCCAAGAGCUACGCCCUGUCUGACCUGCAGGAGGCGACGUGGUAUGAGCUGCAGAUGAGGGUGACCAACAGUGCCGGGUUUGCCGAGAAGAAGGUGAAAUUCGCUACGCUGAACUACGAUGGCAGCACCAUUCCCCCGCUCACCAAAACGGUCGAUGAGAGCAAAGACAGCCUGUCCAGCAACGAGGGUCUGAAGAUGAUGGUCACCAUAUCCUGCAUCCUGGUGGGCAUUGUGCUGCUCUUCGUGCUGCUGGUUGUCCUGAGGAGGAGGAGGAGGGAGCAGAGGCUCAAGAGGCUCAGGGAUGCUAAAAGUCUGGCAGAAAUGCUAAUGAGCAAAAACACCAGGACAUCAGAUACGCUGAACAAGCAGCAGCAGACACUCCGGAUGCACAUUGAUAUCCCCAGAGCCCAGCUGCUCAUUGAGGAGAGAGACACGAUGGAGACGAUCGACGACAGGUCGACGGUGCUGCUCACAGAUGCCGACUUUGGAGAGACAUCGAAGCAGAAAUCCUCCACUGUCACACACACUGUCCAUUACCAGUCUCUCUCUCAGGCUACUGGGCCACUUGUGGACGUGUCUGAUGCCCGACCUGGAACAAAUCCCACAGCACGCCGGAACGCCAAGGCGGGGCCGACAGCCCGGAACAGGUACGCCAGCCAGUGGACACUGAACCGGCCCCACCCCACGAUCUCCGCGCACACCCUGACCACAGACUGGAGGCUGCCCACCCCUCGGGCUGCAGGCUCUGUGGACAAAGAGAGCGACAGCUACAGCGUCAGCCCGUCUCAGGACACAGACCGCGCACGGAGCAGCAUGGUGUCCACAGAGAGCGCGUCCUCAACCUACGAGGAGCUGGCCCGCGCCUACGAGCACGCCAAGAUGGAGGAGCAGCUGAGACACGCGAAAUUCACCAUCACCGAGUGCUUCAUCUCGGACACCUCCUCCGAGCAGCUGACUGCAGGGACCAAUGAGUACACCGACAGCCUGACCUCCAGCACGCCCUCCGAGUCGGGCAUCUGCCGGUUCACAGCGUCGCCCCCGAAGCCCCAGGACGGGGGGAGGGUCAUGAACAUGGCUGUCCCCAAGGCACACAGACCGGGAGGCGACCUGAUGCACCUCCCCCCGUACCUGCGAAUGGACUUUCUCUUGAACCGCGGCGUCGCCGGCGCCGGCAGGGACCUGGGACUGGGGCCGGCCUGUCUGGAGCCGCAGAAGAGCCGCACGCUGAAGCGUCCCGCCAUCCUGGAGCCCACGCCCACAGAGCCCACCGUGCAGCAGUGGCAGCCGGGGACGGCCUCCACGCUACCCCAGAGGGACGGGGCGGACCUGGGACAGGCCGCCAAAAUGAGCAGCUCCCAGGAAUCGCUGCUGGACUCAAGAGGACACCUGAAACAAAGCAACAACCCUUACGCAAAAUCCUACACCUUGGUAUAACAAAGAGCGUGGACCGGACUGCACAAGAGCUCUACCGACGACAGACACACACACACACAAACGAUCAAACACAAAGACAAACAGAGCAGUUGUACAUAAUGUUUCCAAUCCCAAAAGGACGCGGAGAAAAUGGGUACCUUUAUCUUUCUUUCCACCUUAUUUUUUACUUGACUAAUCAUUCGUUUUAAAUGAUACAGGAUGAAGAUUGCCAAAAUAAUUUAUUUAAAAUGAGAGAAGAAUAAUAUUGAGAAAAUUAUGAUUAUUAUACAAAAAAAUGCAAAAACCUCAAAAAAAAAGGAGAGGAGGAAGUGUUCAACCGUCUACAGGACGUUGUCACUUUAGUGUUCUCUGUCAGAGCUAACUGUGGAUCAGACGUCUGUCUGUUGUUCUUGAAAAAAUAAUACUGACAAAGGAACUACAAACACAAACCAGAGAAGAACGACUUGUCCGACUGUCCAAUCUCCACAGAUUACGUUUUUUAAAAACAAUUUCCUAUGGAUGCAUGGGGACUGAACUGAAAAAUGGCUGAAAAUCUGACUGAGAAUUUUGUCACACACUGAAACAAUACAAUGUGCAGAGUUAUUAUUAUUAUUAUUAUUAUUAUUAUAUAAAAAGAAAUCACUUUUAUUUGUGGAUAUUACAGGGAAAUUGAUUUGGUAAAUAAAGUCUUUAGUCAUG